CUCCAACAGACAAAACACAACAUAUCUCAAAAUUGUUCUGGGAUUAGAAAAGGAAGAAAUAAAGCAAACCUGAGUGCAGUGUGGGAGUAUGAGGUUCUUUAUAGAUCUUGUGUUUUGCUGUUUCUAUGCCGGAACACAGGCAAUGACUCCAAUCCUUGAGGCAAAUAACGUCAUGCCAAUUGCUUGCAGUGGGAACAGACAUUACAGGCAUACCAAGUUGGUGGAUAAGAAGUCAGUAGUGGCAGAACGGUGGCGCCCGUCGCUGUGUACAAUAUCCGAGGAUGGUGUUGUCAAGUCGGGGAAAGCAGUAGGUGCCACGAGACCUGGCAACACACAGAUGGGAAAUUUUAAGCCAAGAUCCAACUCUCAGGGUUGUGCAUAUAGAAGUGAGAUAAGGGCUGGAGAUUCGUUUCAGAAGAGUAUUCCCACAUUCUCCCCCGCUGCAUUCUUAUUUUGA